GAUGCAGAACAAGAUGAGGUGUCCUGGUGCAAUCACCCUCCUGAGAUUGAGACAUCCACUGAUCGCUGGCUUAACCGGCGAAACAUAAGCGCGCUGCCAGCUGCCGCUAUGGUGUGUAAAUUUGUAAGGCAUCGUGGAUGGGGACGAUUGCGAUUAAAGUGCUUCAAUAUGGCUCCAGUGAAUCCAGUCCGAACUUGGCUCUCCCCUUUUUUUCUGUUAGUGUCGCUUGCCGAACGCCAUUGGAGUCUGGUAGAGAUGUUUGGGCAGAAAAUAAACAAAAAAAGUCCGUCAUACCGUAUAUCCAUGCCAACUGUGACAGCAAUGGUCCCGCCCAUCCCACGCGACCUGAGUCUGGUGUGA